AUGCCAACAUACAAACUCUAUUAUUUCAAUGGUCGUGGUCGAGCUGAAAUAGCUCGUUUGAUAUUUGCUGCUGCUGGAGAGACAUAUGAAGAUAUUCGAUAUGAACGUGAGGAAUGGCCAUCACAUAAAUCCGAAAUGCCAUUAGGUCAAAUGCCAGUUCUCGAAGUCGAUGGAGUGAAAAUACCUCAAUCAAUGACAAUUGCUCGUUUUCUUUCUAAACAAUUUAAACUUGCUGGUAAAGACAAUCUUGAACAAGCCAAAGUUGAUGUUGUUGUUGACACAAGUAUUGAUUUGGCUGUGAAAUAUGUACCACUUCUCAUGCAACAAGACGAAAGCAAGAAAAAAGAGGAAAUCGCAAAAUUCUUUGCUGAUGAACUGCCGAAACAUAUGAAGAAUUUUGAAACUCUCGGAAAAUUAUAUGGCGAUGGUAGUCAAUUUUUUGUUGGAAAUCAUUUAACUUUCGCUGAUUUAGAAGUCUAUGAUAUGUUAAGUUAUGUUGUUAAAAUUGAUGACAAAUUUCUUCAAUCUUAUCCUUGGUUAGAACGUAAUCGUCAAGAAGUUGAAAAAAAUCCAAAAAUUGCCGAAUAUAUUAAGAAUCGAAAAGAAACACCAUUUUGA